AUGUAUCUCAGCGAAAAGGCAGACUCGUUCUCGCCGCUGCGCCAGAUCCUCCACCACGUCUCGUCCCAGCGCCGAUAUCGAAACUAUGCCGCCGCCGGCAUCGCCCUGAUCCUGCUGUCCAUGGUCUGGCUGAGCGGCAACCUGACCGGCAGCAACUCCAGCCAGCGAUGGCUCGACGAGGCGGCCAGCAAGCGGGUGCCGCAGUGGCCGACCAAGGUCACCGGCACGAAUCACACCCACCUGGUGACGCCGAAUAUCUGGCAGAUUGUGCUUCCCAAGACGCAGCCGUAUCCGGGCGACCCCGAGCACGUCCAUGUGGACCCCAGACAGCUGGAGCAUGCGGCCUCUUGGAUUGCGACGAAUCCCGGCUACCAGUACUCACUGGUCGGCCACAACGACGGCAACGAGUUCGUCAAGAGCCACUUCAGCCACAACCCCAAGAUCGCCGAAAUCUACCACAACCUCACCAACGUGGGCAUGAAGUCCGACAUGCUGCGCUACCUCCUCCUCGACGUCUUUGGCGGCGUCUACACCGACACCGACACCGUUGCCAUCCGGCCCAUUGACGCCUGGAUCCCCGAAGAGUUCCGCGGCAAGGCCCGGCUGGUCGUGGGCAUCGAGUUUGAUCGCCGCGAUGGCGGGCCCUGGGCCGACAUCCCGCACUGGCUGCAGUUCUGCCAGUGGACCAUUGCCGCGGCCCCGGGCCACCCCGUCUUCAAGAAGAUGAUUGACCGCAUCAUCUACUCGGUGGAGGACCUGUCCAUCAUCUACGGCGCGCCCGUCAACAAGCUGAAGCCGGGCAGCUUCGAGGUCAUGAACUCGACGGGGCCAGCGGCCUGGACCGAUGUGGUGUUUGAGCAGCUGCAAGAGUACAAUCCCAUUUUGAACGAUACGCAGGAUCUCUCCUUUAUGGAGGAGCCGACGCUUAUUGGGGAUAUCUUGAUUCUGCCGAUUGACGGGUUUGGCAUGGGCCAGGUUCACUCGGCCAGUACGAAUGACGGGUCUAUUCCAAAGGGUGCUAUGAUGAAGCAUUUAUUUACGGGAUCUUGGAGAGACGAAGAAGAGUGA